AUGGGGGACGACCGCAGCAUUCCCAUCAAGGCGGCUUCUUCGAGCCGCGACUUUGUCGCCCAGCUCAGCUCGUCUUUCAUGACGGGAACCCCGCCCGCACAAGAGCUCCUGGCAAGAGAUUUGGCAGAAUGCUCAGAAGACGAAUACGUCGACGAGAAUGAGGAUGCUAUCGGCUCCGACGACGAGGACGUGUCCGCCGAGGGCCCUCUCUUCUACCGCCGCCCGAGCGGUGUUGCAUUCGGCACCUCCCGCCCCGUUAUGAACCCGCAACCGAUAUACGCCGCCGAAGAACCACCAGUCCUCACUAGAGUCGAAAAGAAGCAGUCGCGCGAUGCCGAGCUGAGUCUGCUGCGUGAUAACCAUCUUUUGCCUCCCAAACAUGCCCGAGAGGAAAACGAGCCAUUCUAUCGCCGCGCCUACAGACGUCUCUUCAGCACAAAGGUUCCACUCGAGCCUCACGAUGAAGAGGCACCCCAGGCCAUCGUUCGUCGGCCCUCUGAAUCAACCCCUCUAUUGUCCGGAGCUCCAGCGCCAGAUGUUGAUGGCCAUGGGACUCUCAAUGAGCAGUGGGAAGCGGCAGUCUCGACGGGCCAACUUCGCACUACUUGGCAGCGCGAAGCCAAGACCAUCAUUCAGUAUGCCAGUCCGCUCAUUGUUACCUUUAUGCUGCAGUACUCGGUCAAUGUUGUUUCCAUCUUCGCCGUAGGACACAUUGGAAAGAUUGAACUUGGCGCCGUGAGCUUGGCAACCAUGACAGCGACUAUCACCGUCUACGCGCCCUUCCAGGGUCUCGCGACGAGUCUCGAUACUCUCUGUGCGCAGGCGUACGGAUCCGGACACCGCCAUCUCGUCGGACUGCAAUUUCAGCGCAUGACAUAUUUCUUGCUCAUGUGCUUUGUCCCGCUGGCCGUGUUGUGGUUCUUCAGUGAGUCGGUGCUGCGGCUCGUCAUCCCGGAACCUGAGUCUGCGCGGCUGGCUGGCCAGUAUCUGCGCAUGCUGAUCCUGAGCGGACCGGCCUUCGUCUUCUUUGAGGGUGGGAAGCGGUUUGUGCAGGCGCAGGGUCUGUUUCAGGCCACCACUUGGGUCCUUUUGGUCGCUGCGCCCAUCAACAUCCUGUUGAACUGGCUGUUUGUCUGGAGGUUGGGAUGGGGUUUCAUCGGAGCUCCUGCUGCGGUUGUUUGCACCCAGAACCUGCUUCCGCUGCUGUUGUUCCUUUACGUGCGCUUCAUCGACGGAUACCAGUGCUGGGGCGGUUUCAGCAAACGAGCUCUGUCAAAUUGGGGCCCGAUGCUUCGCUUGGCUUUGCCCGGCAUGAUUAUGAUUGAGGCCGAGUACAUGGCUUUUGAGAUCCUGACUCUGUUCUCGAGCCAGUUCGGUCCGGAAUACCUGGCGGCCCAGAGUGUCGUCGUCACGCUGUGUGCUAUUACCUACCAGAUCCCAUUCCCCGUCAGCAUCGCGGCGUCCACCCGAAUCGCUAACCUCAUUGGUGCCGGGUUGGUGGAUGCGGCAAAGAUUACCGGCGGAGUGGCAUUCGCAGCAGCUCUGAUUGUGGGCGUGUUCAACGUCAUCCUCUUUGGCAGCUUGAGAUUCCACCUGCCAAGACUGUUUACCAAUGAUGAAGAGGUCAUUGCCAUUGUGGCCAACGUGCUUCCGCUGUGUGCGUUGAUGCAGGUCUUUGACGGCCUAUCCGCGGGAGCACACGGUUUACUGCGUGGCAUUGGCCGCCCUUCCAUCGGUGGCUAUGCGAACUUGACGGUGUACUACCUCAUUGCGAUGCCAAUCUCCUUUGGGACCGCGUUUGGUCUUGAUUGGAAGCUCAAGGGUUUGUGGCUGGGCGUCACGAUCGGACUUGCCUUGGUCGCUAUUAUCGAGUAUUCGUUUGUAUACUUCACGGACUGGCACAAGGCGGCCAAAGAGGCGGAGUCGAGAAACCAGGCCGAGUGA